AUGAGCUUCCGGGGCUUCCAGAAAAGCGUCAUUCGGGCGCCCCAGCAAUUCAAGUCCCGCUUCAACAUCGGUGAGCACACAAAGGAUGCUGUCUACAUCGACUCCGAGCGCAGGUUUCAGGAGCUCGAGACCGAGACGAAGCGAUUACACGAUGAGUCCAAGAAGUACUUCGAAGCCAUCAACGGCAUGCUCAGCCACCAGAUCGAGUUCAGCAAGGCCAUGACGGAGAUUUACAAGCCCAUAUCUGGUCGCAUGUCGGAUCCCGACAGUUUGGAGAUUCGCGGCAACCCGGAGGGCAUCCGCGCCUGCGAAGAGUACGAGGCUGUCGUCAAGGACCUGCAAGAGACUCUUGCGCCGGAGCUGGAGAUGAUCGAAAGUAGGGUUAUUCGCCCAGCCAACGAGCUGCUUGACGUCGUCAAGGUCAUUCGCAAGACCGCAGCGAAGCGCGAACACAAGAAACUCGACUACGACCGACACCGACAAACCCUCAAGAAGCUGCAGGACAAGAAGGAACGGAGUGCCAAAGACGAAAAGGCUUUGUGGAAAGCCGAAAACGACGUCGAACAGGCGACGCAAGAGUUCAACUACUUCAACGAUCUGCUCAAGGAGGAGCUGCCACAGCUCUUCGCCCUCGAGCAGCAAUUCAUCCAGCCCCUCUUCCAAUCCUUCUACUACAUGCAGCUCAACAUCUUCUACACGCUCCAUGAGAAGAUGCAACAUUGCGACAUUGGCUAUUUCGACCUGACCCUGGACGUGCUGGAGGCGUUCCACAAGAAGCGAGGCGACAUACAAGAGCAGGCUGAAAAGCUGACCAUCGUGAAGUUCAAGACAACUGGCCAAAAGCGCCCACCAAAGUAUGGCCGUCCUGCUAUCGAAAGCAAGCCUCAGCACCUGCUUACCGCCGGCCCUUCCUCCACUUCAACCUCCGUAGCAACGCCCACAGCGCCGCCCUCGAAGUUUGGUGGUUACACUCGGCAGGGCGAAACCUCCGACGUCAACCCCCCGCCCCCAUAUUCUCCUCCGGCAACGAACGGAACGCCUGGCGGUGGACUCGCUGCCAUCGCAGCAGCAAAGUCAAAGCCUCCUCCACCCAAGCCCAAGCCCAGCCGACUCAGCGGAGCACCUGCUGCCGAGACCGUCACUGCUUUGUACGACUAUGCGGCACAAGCAGAGGGCGACUUGAGCUUCAGGACUGGAGAUGUCAUUGAGAUCAUCAGUCGCACAAAGAACGAGAAUGAAUGGUGGACCGGCAAACUGAAUGGAAAGUCUGGCCAGUUCCCAGGUAUAUAUCCCCUAUCAUUGUGA